AGCUCCAAUUCCUUCUCAGACACGCAGAAUGGGGACGCCGACCCUAUUUACCAUUGCAGCACUUCUACCGCUGCUUGCACAUGCAGCCUCAGAAGCGCCGCGGCCGCGCGGCGUGGGCCCAGAAUUUGCCAAAUUCUACAAAGAUCCCAAUACAUUUACAUGCAUUUCCAAUCCCUCGAUCAAACUGCCCGUUUCCCGCCUAAACGACGAUUAUUGCGAUUGUCCCGACGGCUCAGAUGAACCAGGCACAUCGGCCUGCGCCCACAUAUCUCCAUUGUCACCACCACAGCCUGCCAAAGCAAAAGAUGGGGUCAUCAACAACACAUUGGUACUACCUGGAUUCUACUGCAAGAACAAGGGUCACCUGCCAGCGUACCUCCCCUUUACCAAUGUCAACGACGGCGUCUGCGAUUACGAAGUAUGCUGUGACGGGAGCGACGAGUGGGAAGGAGUUGGCGGGACCAAGUGCGAAGACCGGUGCGCACAAAUUGGUAAGGAGUGGAGAAAGCAGGACGAGGCGAGGCAGAAGAGCCUGACGGCUGCGAAUAAGCGGCGGAAGGAGCUCGUAGCUGAAGCGGCCAGGCUGAAAAAGGAGGUGCAGGAUCGGAUUGAAACGCUGAAGACGCAGACGCAUGCAAUGGAAUUGAAGGUGCAGGCGCUAGAGAAGAACUUGCAGGAGGUGGAGAGGCGGGAGAAGGGAAAGGUGAUUAGAGGUGCGGGGAAUGGAGGGAAGGUGACGGUACUGGCGAGUCUGGCCAAGGACAGGAUUCAAGAGCUUGAAGAUCAAGUGAAGAGGGUGAGGGGUGAGCGCGACACGGCACGCUCGCGCAUCGAGGAGCUGGAAGGCAUCCUGCGCCGCUUCAAGGAGGAGUACAACCCCAACUUCAACGAUGAGGGCGUCAAGCGUGCUGUCAAGGCCUGGGAAGACUACGCUGCGACGGAGCGCCCAGCUCCCGAAGCCGCCAAAGACCGCGAUUUGGACGAUAUCCUGAACCCGGAUUCUGAGAACGCCAUCAAAUGGGAGGACUACGAAGCCAACGACGAAAGCGAUGUCGAUGUCUUAUACCAAUUCGAAGCCUACCUCCCCAUCCCACUCCGCAACUGGGUCGACGCCAAGCUCCGCUCCCUCCGCGUCAUUCUGAUCGAAAACGGCAUUCUCGCCGACCCGACCAAAUCCGACGGUAGCCAAGAACCCAAAGCUGUGACGGACGCGCGCAACCAACUUUCGUCGGCGCAGACGGAGCUCCAAAACGAUAAAAACGAACUACAGGGCCAUGAGGAGGAUCUGAAUAAAGACUAUGGACCUGAGGAUGUGUUCCGGGCGCUGAAGGGCCGGUGUAUCGAGCAGGAUUCGGGCGAAUACACGUACGAGCUCUGUUUCCUCGACCGCACGACGCAGAAAUCGAAGAAGGGCGGGGCAAACACGGGCAUGGGCAACUUUGCGCGCAUCGAGACGAUGCACGUCGACGAGCCCGUCUCUGCAGACGGCAAAGGGCUAGGGACGGGGGAGCGUUAUGUGCUCAAGUAUGAGAACGGGCAGCACUGCUGGAAUGGGCCGGCGAGGAGCACGACGGUGGUGCUGGCGUGUGCGGAGAAGGAGGAGCUUUGGAAGGUGGCGGAGGAGGAGAAGUGUGUUUAUCGAAUGGAGGUGGGGACGGCAGCGGUGUGCGAGGGGAGGAAUGGGAACGGGGGUGCUGGGAAGAAGGGGCAUGAUGAGCUUUGAGGUGGCAAGAUUAUUGAGGAGUGGGUUGUGGGGCAUGGUGGUGAUGUGCAUCUAGCGUUGGUUCCUCGUUGAUCGUGAAAAAGAAAGGAGUCAUGUGGCGCUCAUGGGGCAUUUGAAUAUUGUGAAGAUAGAUGUGAGGAGCUGAUGCUGGUGGCCGAGGAUGUUCGAGCAUCAAGCAUGUCUGAUGGAGAUGCUUACUUGCCGUUGUAGAUGAAAGACAUAAAAUUUCUCGAAACAUGCACAGAAUGACGGCAGUUUUGGAGGGAUUUGGUGGCAUUCUGUGGCUUUGUGUUAGAGUGUGUUGGCGGCACUCGCAGGGUGCGCACAUCUGUUGUUGGAUAAAAAGGUGC